UAUCUACACCAAUGAAAUUCUGGAUCGUGAGACUAACAACCGAUAUUGGUUAACAGUUCACGCUGUGGACAGAGGUGCUGUUCCUCUCUCUAGCAGACUCGAAGUCUACAUUGAGGUACUGGAUGACAAUGACAACGUUCCUCUAACAACUCAACCUGCCUAUUAUCCGAGUAUUCCAGAGAACGCCCCUCCUGGCACUAUUGUUUUGCAAUUAGAAGCUUUCGAUUGGGAUUUAAACGACAAUAAAAUCCGAUUCAGUAUUGCAAGUGGUGAUCCUCAAGGAUAUUUCAUGAUUGAUAACACCACUGGUUUGAUAACAACUUCUGUCUCCCGAAGAUUAGAUCGAGAAGUUCAGGCUGAACAUCCUUUAGAAAUAAAAAUUGAAGAUGGUGGAAAUCCUUCUUUGUCCUCAUUAACCCGGGUUUUAGUCACUGUCAUUGAUGAGAAUGAUAAUGAUCCUAAGUUUCCUUUUUCACCAUAUCUUUGUUCAGUUCUGGAAUUGCUGGAAGCAGACCCAAGUGUUAUAUUAUGUCAGAUUGCUGCUUCAGAUGCUGAUGUUGAUGCUAAUGGAGAAGUUAGUUAUUCUUUUGUUCCUGGGAAAGGGUCAGAUUUAUUUACAGUUGAUCCUAAAACUGGUGCAAUUUUCGCCAAGCAAAAGCUGAUUGCUGGAGAAGCUUAUGAUUUUUUAGUACAAGCGACUGACAAAGGUGAACCACCUAGAUCAUCUACAAAUCGUGUUCGAGUGGAUGUAUUUCCUCGUCCUCCAAAAUCAUCAAACCCUCCUAUUUGUAAAGAGGUUAAUGUUCAUGAAACUGUUACAGAAAAUGAGGAUGUCAAUCAGGUUAUUGCUUAUUUACAAGCUGAAGAUCCUGAUGGUGAUAAAUUAUGGUAUUCCAUCGUAGAUGGAAAUACUGAUGAUGCAUUUAUUAUUCAGCCUCAUGAAGGCUCAGUGUCAGUUGCUAGACAUUUGAAUUGGGAGAAAAAGUCUGAAUACAAAUUAAAUGUUAGUGUUACUGAUGGUGUUAAUGUUGUUUAUCAGCAGCUUGCCAUUAAAGUAAUUGAUGUGAAUGAUCAUCGUCCUUUGUUUGAAAGGGAGUCUUACAGAGUAGACAUCAGUGAAAACGAACCUGUUGGGAGGGUUAUUCUACAACUUAAAGCAUCUGAUGCAGAUGAACGUGAUAAGAACCUCAUCUAUUCAAUAUAUAACAGUGUUAAUCCUCAAAGUCAUCUGUUCAAAAUUGAUUCUUUUUCUGGAAAGCUGUCAAUAUCAGGUCCACUUGAUCAUGAAUCAAUUAAAAUGCACAUGCUUACAGUCAUGGUCAGAGAUAAUGACUCAAAGCGAAGUUUUGCUCGUGUAACCAUUAAUGUGCAUGAUGAAAAUGACCAUCAUCCUGAAUUUUCUGCCCAAUCAUUUGAAAGUCAAGUGUACGAAACAGCAUCUCUUGGAACUUCUGUUAUCCGCAUACUAGCUGUUGAUAAAGAUAAAGGAGAAAAUGCUCAAUUGCAAUUUAGCAUUGCAUCAGGAAAUAUUGGGAAUGCUUUUUCUAUUGAUCCUACAUUGGGUAUUAUUUCAAUCUCCAAACAAUUGAACAGACAAGUAAUGCCAGAAUAUUUUCUCCUGGUUCGAGCUUCUGAUAAAGGAACACCAUCUCUGAACUCUACUGUAAAUGUCCAUGUAAUUAUAACUGUGGCAAAUAAUGCUCCUCCAAAGUUUGAACAUAAAGAUUAUGUCAUAGAAUUACAUGAAAAUGAAAAACCUGNUGAACAUUAG